CUCCUUCGCUGCCGGACCGGAGAGAGCCCCGGGCGGACCCAGCCGCGGCCUUUUCCCCCCGAGCAGCGCCCAGCCACAGAAGCGCAUGUCCACUAUCCAGAACCUCCAAUCCUUCGACCCCUUUGCUGAUGCAACUAAGGGUGACGACUUACUCCCGGCAGGGACUGAAGACUACAUCCAUAUAAGGAUCCAACAACGAAACGGGAGAAAAACACUAACUACUGUUCAGGGAAUUGCAGAUGACUAUGACAAAAAGAAACUUGUGAAAGCUUUCAAAAAGAAAUUUGCCUGUAAUGGUACUGUGAUUGAACAUCCUGAAUACGGGGAAGUGAUCCAGCUGCAAGGUGACCAGAGGAAGAACAUUUGCCAAUUCCUCCUGGAGGUUGGCAUUGUUAAGGAAGAGCAGCUGAAGGUUCAUGGCUUCUAAAAUGUGUGUGCUUACAUGAAGAACUCUGCAGGUUUUGUUCUUACCCAAGCUGGCUACUCUGUGAAAUAUGAUUCUUUGCAGUAAAUGGACUUCCCAUUCAAAAUCUGAUUUGCUUUUGCAUGACUACAGAAAACAUAUGGAGUGUAGACUAGAAACACAUAAGAAAACUGCAGUAAGAUGGUAACAAAAGAUCCUUAAGAAUUUUAACACAUUUCCAAUGGAAAUGUUUUACUGCUGAUAGUUCAGUGUAUUACUUUUCACCUGAUUUAAGUGUUGUAUUAAAACCAUGUGUGUUGCAGCUUAAAUAAAAGUCUCUUAUCUUA